UUGGAAGGACUACAACCCCCGAUACCUCUCUCUCUCUCUCUCUCUCUCUCUCUCUACCAAGCUCCGGCACGCGAUAAGCAUAAGCACCGGCCAUUAUCAUGUCAAUCGAGAUCAAACUCAGCCGUUCCAACCGUAUCUAUCGCCCCAAUGAACCUCUGCAAGGCAAGGUGAUCACGAAAUUAAGCUCACCAAUCUCCCAUCAGUUUAUUCGCCUUACAAUUAGUGCAUCUGUCAAUUUGCAGGUUCGCGGGGGAUCCGCUGGAGUUAUUGAGUCUCUGUAUGGUGUCAUUAAGCCAAUCCCCAUUGCGAAGAAGGUUUUUGAUAUUCAAUCAUCAGGAAAGAGUCAAUCCGGUACAACGGAGAUACCUUUUUCUGUAAUUCUGAAAGAUCCAAAACAAGAGAAUCAGGAAAAGUUUUAUGAAACCUUCCACGGAGGCAAUAUCAACAUCCAGUAUCUGGUAACUGUAGACAUAGUGAGAGGAUACUUGCACAAGCCUUUGUCGGCAACAAUCGAAUUCAUUGUUGAAAGUGAAAAAGACAAUCUUCCAGAGAAACCAGUUCCUCCAGAACUGAUCAUCUUUUAUAUUACCCAGGACACCCAAAGGCAUACAUUACUUUCUGAACUAAGAAAAGGUGGUUUCCGAGUGACGGGGAGAAUCUGUACUCAAUGUUCAUUGUCAGAUCCUGUUGGUGGGGAGUUGACUGUUGAAGCAUCUUCCUUUCCUAUUCAAUCCAUAGAUAUGCAUUUGCUUCGAGUGGAAUCAAUUUUGAUUGGAGAUAAGAUAGCAACUGAAACAUCUCUGAUACAAACAACUCAGAUAGCAGACGGGGACGUGUCUUGUGGCUUGACUCUGCCUAUUUAUAUCAUUCUUCCACGACUAUUGACUUGUCCGACAAUUUUUGCUGGUCCAUUUUCUGUCGAAUUCAAGAUCAUUGUCAUGAUAACAUUCCAGACAGACAUAUCCAAGAAGCGGUCGAAGUCUGAUCCCAAAUCUCCUACGCCAUGGUGGUGGCAUCCUUUUGGCUCUGAGUUCAGAUGGCAAUGGAAAGUGUGCCGUUGGAACUGGUCCGCACAAUCUGAGAUCAUAGGGAGAAGGUGUAUAAGUUCACCCUCGUUUGGAUUGGAUGUAGUCAAUUUCAAUGGUACAUACUGAAGUAGGUCGGUGGCAGUGUGUUACCUCUCUCACUCCCGCUCUCUCUCAUUCAUUCAUUUAUAUAAACAUGAUUUUCAUUUCUAUAGAAAAGCUGGGGUGCAUUCUUUGUAAGCAGAUCUCACAUGGGAGUGAAGUUGAUGAUGUGGUGUGGCGGUGAAGAACAAGUGAACAACACGUCUUGAACUAUUUAGCAGUUUGAUCUGUAGGGACUUUCUCUAAUGCUCAGGCAACUCCUCCAAAUCUCGUACUGUUUUGUUUGUGGUGUGCUAAUGAGCUUAUUGGAAUUGUGGAAGACUAGACAAGCACCUGAAGGAAGGAAGGUUGGCUGGCUAAGCUGAAAAUGCAAAUACCAGGCAUGCAUGUAUGCAUACAUCUCUAGUUGGCAAGAACGAUAUAAGCAAGCAGCAUCCAAUUUGGUUGGUUAGUUAUACUUCCUCUCCAAUUUU